GAAGAAGCAUUCUCGAAAACAGCUAAGAUUGUACAAGAGUACAGCGACCGCAUGGUAAAGAGGUGGAAUGAAGAGAUAGACACACUUCUAGUUUACGCGGGUCUUUUCUCAGCGAUCCUCACAGCGUUCAAUGUCCAAUCCUAUCAACUUCUCCAAAAGCCGUCCCCCGAUCCCGCUCGCUGUGUUGGCCAACCGUAUGUCGCGGCAACUGUUCCGGAUUCACAAGCGGAGCCAUGGGCUGCCGCACUUAACAUUCUCUGGUUCUCUGGGCUUAUCUGUAGUCUCGCCUCCGCGUCUGUGGGCAUCAUGGUCAAGCAAUGGACUCACGAGUGUCAAUCCGGCCUGUCGGGCUCAUCGCCGUAA